AAGUGGAAGGAGGGGAAGAGAGAGAGAGAGAGAGAGAGAGAGAGUGAUGGUGUGGAGGCAGCAUAGAGAAGUAGAAGCAGACUCGGUAUUCGGUGGGCGCCUGAGUUUUUGAACAUAUGGAAAGUCUCGAAGCUUAGGGCAGACAAAGCCAAAUGCCAACAGGGUCCAAGAAAAAACCAUUGGGUUGGCGUUGAAAAUAGUGCACACAAGUCUAGACACCCAAAUAUUUUUCCCACAUCAUAUCACGAAAAUACCAUAUAUUUUUUCCGCAUAAAAACCCCUUCCAAGUAAUCUAUAAAGACGAUGCGGAAAUUCGUGGGUGGCAUUCUCACUAGCCUUAUCAGCCGUUCCUUUCAGCUCCAGAAGCAUCACCGUUCUCUCUCUUCUUCUCACUCGCGUUUCUUGUCGUCUACUCCUCUUCUUCUUCGUCGUUCUGUUUCUUCCAUGGCUGACUCUCCUUCUUCUUCCCUUCCUGUCACUCUUGACACCAUCAAUCCCAAGGUUGUGAAAUGUGAGUACGCUGUUCGAGGUGAAAUUGUCACCCUUGCCCAGAGGUUACAAGAAGAAUUACAAGCAAAGUCAGGUUCUCACCCCUUUGAUGAGAUACUUUACUGCAAUAUUGGAAAUCCGCAGUCUCUUGGUCAGCAGCCAAUAACUUUUUUCCGAGAGGUUCUGGCAUUAUGUGACCAUCCAAUCAUCUUGGACAAAAGCGAAACACAGGGUCUAUUCAGUGCGGAUUCAAUAGAGAGAGCUUGGCAGAUUCUAGAUCAGAUUCCUGGAAGAGCAACUGGUGCUUAUAGUCACAGUCAGGGGACCAAGGGGUUACGUGAUACAAUUGCUGCUGGAAUUGAAGCCCGUGAUGGUUAUCCGGCUAAUUCAAAUGAUAUUUUCUUGACAGAUGGUGCAAGCCCAGCGGUCCAUAUGAUGAUGCAAUUGCUGAUAUGUUCUGGGAAGGAUGGAAUACUUUGCCCCAUUCCUCAGUACCCUUUGUACUCUGCUUCAAUCACUCUCCAUGGUGGUACUCUGGUUCCUUACUAUCUUGACGAGUCAGCAGGGUGGGGAUUGGAGAUUUCUGAGCUUAAGAAGCAACUGGAGGAAGCCAAGUCCAAGGGUGUAGAUGUAAGGGCCUUGGUUGUUAUAAAUCCGGGCAACCCAACUGGGCAGGUUCUUGCUGAAGACAACCAGAGGCAAAUUGUGGAAUUUUGCAAGAAAGAAGGUCUUGUUUUGUUGGCAGAUGAGGUAUAUCAGGAAAAUGUAUAUGUUCCUGAUAAAAAAUUCCAUUCAUUCAAAAAGAUUUCCCGGUCUAUGGGGUAUGGUGAGAGUGAUUUGUCCUUGGUGUCAUUUCAGUCAGUGUCUAAAGGAUACCAUGGGGAGUGUGGAAAGAGAGGAGGCUACAUGGAGGUCACUGGGUUCACUGCUGAUAUAAGGGAACAAAUUUACAAAAUGGCGUCUGUAAAUCUUUGUUCUAAUAUAUCUGGUCAAAUUCUUGCAAGCCUGGUCAUGAGUCCACCAAAGGUUGGAGAUGAAUCUUAUGAAUCAUAUUCUGCAGAGAGAGAAGGAAUUCUGUCAUCCCUAGCAAUACGUGCGAAGGCACUGGAAGAUGCAUUCAACAACUUAGAAGGUGUAACAUGCAACAAAGCUGAAGGGGCAAUGUAUCUCUUCCCCCGUAUUGAGCUGCCCCAAAAGGCAAUUAAGGCAGCAGAGGCUGCAAACAAAGCACCGGAUGCAUUCUAUUGUAUCCAGCUUCUCAAUGCCACUGGUAUUGUUGUUGUUCCCGGUUCUGGCUUUGGACAGGUUCCAGGCACCUGGCAUUUUAGGUGUACGAUAUUACCCCAAGAGGAUAAGAUUCCGGCAAUCGUCAAUAGGUUGACAGACUUCCAUAAAGGAUUCAUGGACACAUAUCGCAACUGAGAAUUCUCACUUAGUUUUUGAGUUCCAGUUCAUAAUAAGGCCUAAGCCAUUCAUAUACUCAAGACCGUUAGUCCUUGCUCUUUCUUUUCCUUUUGAAGGAAAACAUGAUUUGGUUACAAAUAUGCGGAACCCUUUUUUUUUUUUUUUUUUUUUUAAAAGAGGAAUUGAUAAUAGUUCUUUUUUUUUUUUUUUUUUUUUGGGUUUAUGCUUAGCUUGAUAUGGGUAUAUGAGAUUGAGGCUCCAGGAGUAUACUUUUGUUAGCUUAUUAAUUAGCGGCCUAUAGUCCGGAAAUUACAGAGCUCUUUUCUUGUUGAACCAUUAAAACCUCUGAACCAAAACUUUGUAAGAAAGUUACAUCAAUGAAAAAAAUUUAAUCUUCUAUGCACUCAAAA